AAGGUCUCACUUAUCUCAUGCACUCACUUUGUUACUGUGCUUCUCAAAAACUAUUCUGACAUCAUCUCUCUCUCUCUCUCUUCCAAAUGGCCGGCGAAGAGCUCAACCGUCCUCCUUCACUUCCUCCUUACACUGAGAUGAUAUUUGCGGCAAUUGAUGCGUUGAAAGGAAAGGAAGGAUGUAAUGAAUCAUCAAUAUCAACUUACAUACAAUCAACAUGUGGUUACUUACCUGAUGAACAUAACAACAUCUUAACUGAAAAUCUCAACAAACUCAUUGACAACGGCGACCUUGUGGUGGUCAACGGCAACUACACGCGGCCGGAUCUCAACACUCCGGCCAAGCGCGGACGUGGCCGUCCACCAAAGGCGAAGGAUCCGAAUCAUGUUGAUACUCCGGUUCCUGCUCCGAAACCGGUUUCAGAUCCGGCUUCAGCUGCUCCGGCUACUGGUGCUCAAACUGGAUCUGAAGUUAAGAGAGGAAGAGGAAGGCCGAAGAAGGAUCCGAAUGCUCCGCCGACGGCGAAGAAGGUUAAGGUUGCGACGUCGCCUGCUCCGCCGUCGUCCACUGGAAGGCCACGUGGACGGCCAAGGAAAGUCCAGCCGGAGCUUACUGGUGUUGAAGCUAAUUGAUGAUGGUGACUUUUGACUUGGAAAAAUGGGGAAAUGGUUUUUUCCAGAGUGGUGUACAAGUUGUGGUGCGAGAUGUACAAGUGGUGUAAUAACAUUUAGUCUGGAUUUGGGAAUUUGGUACCUGGAAAGUAGAAUUUACCUAACCAAACAAAAAGCCCUUUUCUUUAAGUGGUUUAAUUAGUUUAUGUUAUUAAUCUUAUAUUAGGAGUUUGAUUAUUGUAAUUUACCUUUUUUUAAAUUCGAAAUGCAUUUGUGUGUUUAUUUAA